AUGGCGCAUUUAAUUCGCGCAGUGGCGUUCAAACCAAGAGAUAUAUUAGCCAGAUCUUAUAAUAAAAUAGUUAUAACCGACGACGGGUCGACGAUAGUUGCACUUCAUAAAGACCAAGAAUUUCCUUACGAGUUCUCAAGACCUCUACCAGAAGAAGCAGUUGCAGACAAGUCGAUUUUAAGAAUGAAUGAUACGCAAGAAGUCUACAGAGUAUUUAGGGACUUAAAGCCCGAGAUAGCAAGGAAGCAGUUAUCUUCUUUGACCCUAACUACCCAACAUAGGUGGUUCCCCAGAGCUAGAGACAAGAAAGCCAAGAAAACAGAAAUGAACCGCCCCUAUUUGUAA